CUAGAAUUCCUCUUUCGAGUGAUUGCAGGUCGGAGAAUUGAGGCUUGUGAGCUACCUACAACAUAUUUUGUUACUGUACCUUCCGUUUGUACUCUAGUAUCGUACGACUAGAAUAGCUGACUAAUCAGCCCUAACCGUAAACGAGCUCCAUUUCCCUCUAGAGUCGCAAAAAGUCCCGUGCCAUUUGACUAUUUUACUACAAGACAAAUACGACACUUCUGAUUGGCCAAUUCACCCCCCAAAAAGAGUCACAAGGGUACAACACUAACAACAACUACAACGCUAACCUCCGAUCCCUCCGAUCCCUUCUGUGUCUCCGAUUAUCGGCCACUUAUCACCCUCUCCACUGCAUUGGAACCAGAGCUCCAGCUAAAACCAAAACAAUUAUAUCACUCCCCACCUCUCUCUCUCCUCUCUCCUGCUUACUUCUUUCUUCCUUCAACAUCAAAAGAAUAUCUCAUCCUGUUCCUGCUAUAUAUCCUCAACUCAAGAAGCUGAAGUCUGCUUUGAGUCUGUCGUUCUCUGAGAUAUCUUUUUAUCAUCUUAUAAAUAUACCCCACCAUGCCUGUCGCCGAGGGUGCCCCGCGUACGCUGUACGAUAAGGUCUUCCAGGACCACAUUGUCGACGAGAGACUCGAUGGCACAAUCCUCCUCUACAUUGACAGACAUUUAGUCCACGAAGUCACCUCACCUCAAGCUUUUGAGGGAUUGGAGAAGGCUGGCAGGAAAGUCCGAAGGCCCGACUGCACUUUGGCCACAACCGAUCACAAUGUCCCAACCACCUCCCGCAAGAACCUCAAGAACAUCGAGACCUUCGUCGAGGAGGAGGACUCGAGACUGCAAUGCAUGACGCUCGAGGAGAACGUCAAGAAAUUCGGCAUCACAUACUUCGGCCUCGCCGAUAAGCGCCAGGGCAUCGUCCACAUCAUCGGUCCCGAGCAAGGCUUCACCCUCCCCGGCACCACCGUCGUCUGCGGCGACUCCCACACCUCCACACAUGGCGCCUUCGGCGCCCUCGCCUUCGGCAUCGGCACCUCAGAGGUCGAGCACGUCCUCGCCACCCAGACCAUCAUCACCAAGCGCUCCAAGAACAUGAGGAUACAAGUCAACGGCGAGCUCGCCCCCGGCGUGAGCUCCAAGGACGUCGUGUUGUACGCCAUCGGCAAGGUCGGUACCGCCGGCGGAACCGGCGCCGUCAUCGAGUUUUGCGGCUCCGUCAUCCGCGGCCUCAGCAUGGAGGCCCGCAUGUCCAUGUGCAACAUGUCCAUCGAGGCCGGCGCGCGCGCCGGCAUGGUCGCCCCCGACGAGAUCACCUUCGAGUACCUCAAGGGGCGCCCGCUCGCGCCGAAACCCGCAACGGACGAGUGGGACCAGGCAAUCAAGUACUGGACCAGCCUCAAGACUGACGAGGGCGCCAAGUUCGACGUCGAUGUCCAGAUCGACGGCGCGGACAUCGCACCCACGAUCACAUGGGGCACGAGCCCCGAGGACGUCGUCGCCAUCACCGGCUCCAUCCCCGACCCAGAGACCUUCGCCUCGGAGACCAAGAAGAUCCAAGGCCGUCGCAUGCUCGAGUACAUGGGCCUCACCGCGGGCACUAAAAUGGAAGACAUCGAAGUCGACAAAGUCUUCAUCGGCUCCUGCACCAACUCGCGCAUCGAAGAUCUCCGCGUCGCCGCCCAGGUCGUCAAGGGCCGCCGCGUCGCCCCAAACAUCAAGCGCGCCAUGGUCGUCCCCGGCUCGGGCCUCAUCAAGGACCAAGCCGAGGCUGAGGGGCUCGAUAAGAUCUUCCUCGACGCAGGCUUCGAGUUCCGCGAGGCAGGGUGCAGUAUGUGUCUCGGCAUGAACCCAGACAUCCUCUCCCCCCAAGAACGCUGCGCCUCGACCUCGAACCGCAACUUUGAAGGCCGCCAGGGCGCAGGAGGACGCACCCACCUCAUGUCCCCCGCUAUGGCCGCCGCGGCCGCAAUCUCCGGCAAGCUAGCAGAUGUCCGCAAGUACGCCCGCCCAGCCUCCCCCAUCCCCCUCGACGCCCCUAAACUCGCCGCACACACCCCCGCGCCCUCGGCAGGGAAGGCGCACGUCGAUGAGCGCGUCGAAACCGAUGACGACGAGAAAGAGGCUAUCGCGGACCAACCCCAGGAUUCAGGGCCGCAGGUAAACACCACAUCCCCCGGCUCCGCCGCUGAGGGGUUCCCGAAAUUCACAACCCACCGCGGCAUCGCUGCACCGAUGGAGUUGGCGAAUAUCGACACCGAUGCCAUCAUCCCUAAACAGUUCCUCAAGACGAUCAAGCGCACCGGGCUCGGCAGCGCGUUGUUCUACGCGUGGCGCUACCUCUCUGCCGGUGUCGAGAAUCCGGAGUUCGUGCUCAACAAACAGCCGUAUCGGGAUGCGAAGGUUUUGGUGGUUACGGGGGAGAACUUCGGGUGUGGAUCCAGCAGAGAGCAUGCGCCGUGGGCGUUGUUGGAUUUCGGGAUUAAAUGCGUGAUCGCGCCCUCCUUCGCAGAUAUCUUCUUCAACAACACCUUCAAGAACGGUAUGCUCCCCAUCGCCAUCUCCAACCCCACCGACCUCGCUGCCAUCGCCUCCGAGGCGCGCGCCGGUCGCGAGAUCGAGGUCGAUUUGCCCGGACAGGAAAUCAAGAAUGAGAAGGGCGAGAAGAUCUGUUCUUUCGAUGUGGAGGAGUUCAGGAAACAUUGCUUGGUGGAGGGGUUGGAUGAUAUAGGACUCACCAUGAUGAUGGAUGAGCGUAUCUCGGCGUUUGAGAAGAAGAUGACGGAGCAGACGCCAUGGUUGGAUGGGAGGGGGUAUUUGAAGAGGGGGGGAAAGGUGGUGGGUGCUGUGAAGGUGCCGACUACGAAUAGGGGGGAGGUGUUGAAGGAGCCUUUGGAGUGGUAGACUCCGUCAGAGGGCCCCGCCAGGUGGGCUUGUUGCUGAAGAGUGGGAAGAGGAGGAGAUGGGGUGUUGCUUGUAGCUUGUUGCUAAGGAUGGGAAAAGGGGGAGGCUCGAAGGGAAUGGAAAGGCUCGAAAAUUCGAGCAUGUGCGCUUACUCGCGACUACGAUACCGUUGUUUUGCUAUGCAAUGCAUAGCUAUCCACACAUAUCCACACUUUCCCUCGUGACACU